UUUCAUUUGCAAUUGCAUCUUUAUCUUUAUAAUAAUAUGUGCGAAAUGUGGACUGUGUUGUGUACUGUAAAUAUAGUAUUUUAAAGUCAAAUCCAAUAUUCAUUCCAAACUUACAAAAUUUGAUGAGGUUCUUGGACAAUUUCUGUUAUAUACUCUGCGGGGUUGCGGGUUGCAUUGCAUAGCAAUAGCAUUUUCACUAACAUAUAAUUAUAUUCAAUGCACUGCACAUGCGUACAACUUUAAUUUUUGGUGGUAUUUACUUUUGUUAACCAAAGUUAUUUAUCAGUGAACGAAUUUACAGUAAAAUUGUGACAGUGUAUAAUUUAUAAACAGUUCAUAGUAUUAUCGCAAAAAUAGUAAAUAAUAGUAAAAAUAGCUAAUGUUUACUAUUGUUGAGAACAAUAAUGGGCUUUGAUAUCAAAAGAUUUCAAGGUGACGUUGAUGAAGAACUUAUUUGCCCUAUUUGCUCAGGAGUUUUAGAAGAUCCGUUGCAGGCGCCAGCCUGUGAGCAUGCAUUUUGUCGUGCGUGUAUUACUGAAUGGAUAAGUCGGCAGCCCACUUGUCCUGUGGAUCGUCAGGCGGUCACCGCGAGCCAGUUGAGACCUGUUCCAAGAAUACUACGCAAUUUAUUAUCCAGACUUUGUACAAGCUGUGACAAUGCCCCUCACGGCUGCAAUGCAGUUUUGAAACUGGACUCCUUAGCUUCACAUCUUGUUGAUUGUGAAUUUAAUCCAAAAAGACUAAUGCCAUGCGAAGCGGGUUGUGGUCUUGUUAUACCUAAAGAUGAGCUGGCGGAGCACAACUGUGUUAGAGAGUUGAGGGUACUGAUUGCGUCGCAGCAAGGCAAGCUUACAGACUACCAGCAGGAGCUUACAGAACAGAGACUCAUAAUUAAUGAACAUAAAAGAGAGUUAGCAUUGCUAAAGGAGUUCAUGCGCGCGAUGCGUGUGUCGAACCCGGCGAUGCGCGCGCUGGCGGACCAGAUGGAGCGCGAGGAGGUGGUGCGCUGGGCGAGUUCACUGGCACGCGCACGCGUCACGCGCUGGGGUGGUAUGAUAUCGACACCUGAUGACGUCCUGCAGGUGAUGAUGAUUAAGAGAAGUUUAUCAGAGUCCGGCUGCCCCUCUCAUAUAAUAGAUGAUCUAAUGGAGAACUGCCAUGAACGGAGAUGGCCGCCCGGACUCUCCUCUUUAGAAACUAGACAAAAUAAUAGAAGAUUAUAUGAGAAAUAUGUGUGCAAAAGAGUACCAGGUAAGCAGGCGGUGCUCGUGCUGCAGUGUGACAAUACUCACGUCGACGAGCACAUGAUGGUCGAGCCUGGACUCGUCAUGAUAUUUGCCCACGGCAUUGAAUAAUCCGACAAAUAGUGACAAAAUGAACUGGAGGUUGGAUCGUUCCAAAUGUGAAAUAUAAAAAUUAUUGUUAAUACAUAAGCCAUUUACAACACUGUCAAUAUAUUUAAUUUAUGUUUCUUGUACAAUUUUACAUUCGUUAGUGUACAUACUAUGUUUGAAAUUUGCACUUACAACCUAAACUGCGUGCAUAAUUCCAGAUAAACGGAAGAUAAUACAAGAAACCACUGCAAUAUCUACAACUUGAUCAACAUAGUGUGUACUAACUCUCCUUUUUUUAUAAUGUUUGGAAAUAUUUCUGUGAUUUGGUACUAUUAGAUAAAUGUCUAUGGUUCAUAUCCAUAUUAAAAGUAAAUUACUGCUCUUUUGAAUAAACAAUUGUAAGUUUCAGGGUGACGUAAAUGUGGCAUGAUAUUGUAUAAUAAUGUUUACAGUAUACAGUAGAUUACUUCUGUGGGUUAUUACUGCAGUGGUACUUGUCCUUGCCCUGUUUUCUCAAAAAUAAUUCUAGGGAUGCAAUAUGUGUCACUUCAGUCAAAAUAUAGUUAAAUUAAGUUUAAUUGAUUAUUUGUGUUAGUUUCUUUAAAUUUGCUUAGACUAACAUUCCUAAAAUUUUGUAUACAUAAACCACAAAUGCAAGUGUUUACUGAAUUUAAGCAAUAUUAGAGGUGCAAAAUAAGUUACAAUAAAGUCAUUUAGUUCCAAGUGUGUAUCUUGUUAGGGUUGCGAUAGUUGUGUGAAUUUGCAGGAAGCAUUAAUGAAAACUUUGCUUAGUCAAUGCUUAUAAUAAUUAGGUCUAGUUAAGAUAAACUAUUUGUAUUAUUCUAUUAAAGGAGGUAACGUUUCGGAAAUGUGAAUAAUUUAUUUUGGUUUUAAAUUGAACAGAAACAUGGUGACUACAUUUAAAUGCGAUGAAAACAAAAGAAGUGUAAAUGU